AUGGCCGAAGUGGUAGGACUAGUAUCUGGCAUUGCCAGUCUGGUCACUAUGGCCAUGCAGAUCACCAAGCUCAGUUACAGCUACAUCACUGACAUCCGUUCCGCACACAGCACACAGAAACAGUAUCUUCGCGAAGUUUCCGCAUUGACCGAAGUACUCCUACGAAGCGAAGAAGUCUCUCAAAACCUCGAGAAAGAGAACAUCGGAUUGAGCCGUCCAAGCGACUUAUCCAAGAGCAUCGUGGCAGAGUGCGCCCAAAAGUUGGACAAGUUAUGCGUUGAGCUCCGGAAGCCGUCGCCGAGCAUAUUCUGGCCGAUACAAGAGAAGAAUCUGAAGAAACACAUUGAGGAUCUUCAUCGCUUCCGGAGCAUCUUUGCGGACUUUCUGUCAGCUCAGGCGCUCACCGUCGCGACUGCCACGCACCAAGAGGUUACGCGCCUUGUCAACCACCAAGACCAGACGGACCUUCUGGAAUGGCUCGGCAACCCCAAGGAAUCCUCCAGACUUAUUCCAAAUCCCCUGUCGGAUACUGGAGCCUGGUUUUUGAGCUCGGAAGCUUAUAAACAGUGGACAGCUGGAAGCAAGCCACCGCUCCUUUGGUGUCACGGCCCUCCCGGAGUCGGGAAGUCGAUGCUCGCUGCUGUAGCCAUUCAAGACCUGGGCGCUCGUGCAGGCUCUGUCCCUGUUUUGUAUUACUUCUUCGACUUUGGAAAUAGAGAAGAGCAAACCAGAGAAACAAUAUAG